AAUUUAGAAUGUUGUGUGAGGACCAGCAGUAUUGUUUUCCUUAAGCAAGUUGCUGUAGUGGAUGUCCAUUGUCUUGCUUACUUCAUGUUCACACAUUUUUCUGUCCUUUUCUAUUUGGUCUUCAUAGGGAUCUUCCUUCCCAUCAGCAUUCAGAUAAUCCCAAACUUUUGUACUAUUACAAUCUGUCAAUGAGAUAUCCUCUAUUUAAGUACCACAUAUUAACUGCCAAAUAAAUGUUCUGUUCUGUUGUGACCUGAAACAAUGAAGGCAAGAAGAGGAAAACGCUCUGAGGCCUUUUGGCCUUCCAUGGUGAUGAAAAAAUGGUUAAACAUCAAGCCUAAGGUGAAUGAUUUUAGUGAAGAUGAAGUUGACACUGAAACUGAGAGUGAAGAUGAUGCUUGCUCUCCUAAAGCUUCAAGAAUGGCUGCGUGUGAAGAUAAUCCACUUAGAACACAAAGGACUCAAUCCAUAUUGCAAAGUCAAAUAUCAAGUGCAUCUUGUAAGGGCUACAAAACAAGACACCGAAGAGGAAAAUCAGAAACUCUGCGUGCUCAGUACAUAAAAACUAAGGAAGUGAGGGUAACAAUUGGCACUUGGAAUGUUGCUGGAAAAGUUCCAUCUUUAGAUCUUGAGAUUGAUGACUGGCUAUGUACUGAAGAACCAGCUGAUAUUUACAUUCUUGGUUUCCAGGAGGUAGUUCCACUGAAUGCUGGAAAUGUAUUGGGAGCAGAGGAUAAUACACCUAUUCACAAAUGGGAGGAAAUCAUUCGAAGAUCUCUAAACAAAUCUUCUGAGCCUAAUAGCAAAAAAUUAAGCCAAAGUGCCCCUCCUUCACCAGUGUUAAGAACUUCUUCUGCUGAUGAUGUGCUAGCUGACAAUAUGGGUGCUGCUAAUCCAAUAGAUAUGAUGAAUGAUGAGUAUAUAGGAAGAACUAUUGACGAUUUUGAGCUGAAACCGCGAGAAGUCAAUAACAUAAUUGGUAGCAUUAAUCUUGACUGGCCUGAACGUCCGUUAGAUGCAAUCUCCCAAAUUGUUGAUUCCAAUCCAAAGUUCAGGAGAGUCCUGAGCAGCUCAGCAAGAAUUGGCUUUAACUUGACUGAGAAUUCUUUGGUAUAUGGUGGAGGGUUGAAACGGUCACACAACAGUUCUGGAAAUUUGGGUUUGUUAUGGAAACAGCAACAGGUGAUACCUGAAGUAGUUGAUUCCUUAGCUGAUGUCUGUGGCGUGUCACCCCCGGAGGAUGAUGACACUUUUCUUGACUUACCUGAUAACCAAGAUGAUAUAGAAUUAGGUGGCGCCAUGGACACACGUCCGAGGUAUGUUCGGAUUGUCAGCAAGCAGAUGGUAGGGAUAUAUGUAUCUGUUUGGGUGCAGAGGAGGUUGAGAAGGCAUAUCAAUAAUCUUAAAGUUUCCCCUGUUGGGGUUGGCAUUAUGGGCUACAUAGGAAACAAGGGUUCUGUCUCAGUUAGCAUGUCUCUCUUUCAGUCACGCAUGUGCUUUGUUUGUUCCCAUCUGAGUUCUGGUCAGAAAGAUGGAGCUGAACAGAGGCGAAACUCUAACGUUCAUGAAAUUCUAAGACGCACUUGCUUCUCAUCUGUCUUUGAUAGUGAUCAACCACUAACAAUACCAUCUCACGACCAGAUUUUCUGGUUCGGGGAUUUGAAUUACCGUAUCAGUAUGCUAGAUGCAGAGGUUCGGAAAUUGGUAGCUCUAAAAAAGUGGGAUGAACUCAUGAAUUAUGAUCAGCUAAACAAAGAAUUGCGUGUUGGGCGUGUAUUUGAUGGAUGGAAAGAGGGGUUGAUAAACUUCCCACCCACUUACAAGUAUGAAAUUAACUCAGAUAGAUAUGUUGGUGAGUGCCCAAAAGAAGGGGAAAAGAUGAGAGCUCCUGCAUGGUGUGAUCGUAUAUUAUGGCUUGGGAAAGGAAUUAAGCAACUAGAAUAUGGACGUUCAGAAAUUAGGAUCUCUGAUCAUAGACCUGUUAGUUCGAUGUUCUUGGUUGAAGUUGAAGUGUUUGACCAACGCAAGCUAAAAAUAGCUCUGAAUUUCACUAAUACUGCAGCAGUACACCCAGCGAUUUUCACUGAUGAAGAUGGCGACAUAUUAUCAUCCUAUUGAAGAUGCGAAUCAAUCAACAAUCAUAUCAAGUAAAAACUGGUUUUGAAAUUUUUUGCUGUCUUUCAAGUGAUGUUGCCAAUUGGAGACAACUAUUAUACUCUUUCUAAACAUAGCUUCAAGAUCUCAAAUUCAAGAAGCAUUAAAUCCUAUCAAGUUAGCUCUGAAAGAAGCCUACUUUUGAGAUUAUUAAUCAAAUGGGUGUGGAGCUUUUUGUGAAUCUGAAUCAGUCACGAAGAAUCCAUUGAGAUUUGAGAUAGUUAUAAACUGUAUAUAAAAUAGGAUGAUUAUAGGAUUUUUUCUUUUAAUCCUUAGAAAACAACCAUUAUUUGAUUCUGGCCUCAUCAGUUCUGCGUUUUUCUAUACUUGGACAGUAAUCAUUGGGGUGGGUUAUUUUUCUGUAACAAUACAAUAGAAUGUAAGCUGAUACUGAUUUGUACCAUGAACUUAAACUAAUAUAAUGCCAUUGGCUGGCUUCUGUUGUA